UCAUUAUGGCGUAUGCGUGACAACCCAACACUUGACCUGAGCCUGAAAAGAUUUGACUUUUUUAUUUAUAUUUUACACAAGGACUUACUUUAUAUAGCUACAAGAUCCAUACCUUGGACUUUGGAGAGGAUCUGGUCCUAAAAAAAAAAAAACAUCACAAAGGAUGAUCCGGCAGCACGAGGCAUGAAUCCGCCUCGGUGCUUCAUGCAUGUCUGUCAUUUAGGAUACUGUUACCUGGACUGAUGAGCUUUAUCCCACCGCUGAACUUAUCCCAACUCGUGCUCAGUUAACAGCACCUGCCGAGGAGAAUGACACCUCUGCUGAACAGACUCUCCCUGUGUCUCUUUGUCCUCCGGAUCUUUGUGAUACAGGGAGAGUUUGUGAAUCGCCCUCCAGACGAUUCCAUCCUCUCCUUUGCAGAAGGGGAGACUGUCCUGCCCUGUGUCUACCAGCCAAGCGAGAGCGGUGUGGUGGUGGUGCAGGUCACGUGGUAUAAGAAGAAAACGGAUGGAACCAAAGACCAGAUCAGCACCGCGCACAAUGUUAACGGACAGACGGCAUUUGGGACGUGGUCUCAGCGCGUGCGCUUUCAAAGCAGUGAACCCACACAGGACUCGUCUCUGGUUAUCAUAAGCACAGAAGUCUCCGACGAGGGGACGUAUAUAUGCCACAUCACCACCUUCCCCUUUGGCAACUUUGAGAGCGAGAUGUCACUCGUCGUAUGGAGCCAUCCUAUCUCCUCUCUGGAACCUGUGACUCUGGUGGAGGGACAGUCCUAUAGACAGGCUGCUUCCUGUCGCUCCGUAGCCCACCCACCUCCCCGCAUCUCCUGGGACACUGACCUGAACGGCCAGUCCACCAACCGCUCCUUCGACAACGGGGCGGUCACCUCGCGUUACUCCCUGCACCCCCUGAGGAGCAUGAAUGGCAAGAAGCUGGACUGUUUAGUGUGGCACCCGUCUUUACCAAAACCCUACAGGAUCCCUAACAGCUUAAUAGUGCACUUCCCUCCACAUGCACAGGUGUCUGGCUACAAAGGAGACUGGUCGUUGGGUCUUGAGAAUGCUGCCCUGAGGUGUGUGAGUGAAGGAAACCCCAAACCACAGAGUUUCACCUGGACCAGAAUCGGUAGUCAGUUGCCGGAAGGCGUGAUCUCCCACCUGAAUGGAACGCUAGUUUUUGGGCGACCCCUCGAUUUGUCAGACAAAGGCACCUACCAGUGUGUGGCGAAGAACGAAGUGGGAGAAGCGAAGGCAGAGGUGGAGAUUGUUGUGACAGAGUCUCCCAUAGCACAGGAAAUGCCUGAAAACAUGCUGCUGCUCAUCGUGGGGGGUGUAGCGGGCGGGCUGCUGAUCCUGAUGCUCAUCAUUGUCAUCGUAGUCAUAUGCCACCACAAACACAAGAGCACGAAACUGGAGAUGGAGUUGACUGAGAAGACGAAGGAAAUAAACACCCUCUCCAGGCAAGCUUCUUUCAGGAGGGUGAACUCUGCCAGCACAGACACCAGAGGAGCGGCAGAGGAAUACAUCCCUCUGGGGGUAGAGGGAACCCUGAGGACCAGCUUGACUUCCUUCGGGGAGCAGACUCACUGCCAUGACAGCCAAUCUACUAUCUCAGGUGGGCGGGGAGGAAGAGGAGGAGGAGGAGGGGGAGCAUAUGACUUCCUGGGAAGACCAGUUCUGCACAACAGCUCACGGAGGGGGAGAGACAGGCCUCUGGAUAGAGCGGAGGAGAACCAACUGAGAGUGGAGUCAUAUGUCAGAAACAGCUCUAUGUCUUUGCAGGAAACUCGUUUCCACCCUCCUCUCACACCAUCAACCUUUCCUAUGGUAGAGUCCACGGAGAUCCCGAGACGGCUAAACGGCAGCGCCCUUAUCCCGACAGACGGGGGUUCACGACCAGGAAGUGUCACUAAAAAUCACCAACACCCUCCUCUGAGCUGCAACUACCCACCAGUAACAGAUGAUGAGGAUGAAGUGGACGAAGGUUUGGGGGGUCCUGCCAGCCAGGAGCAUCCUGAUGACCAAGACAGCGAGACCAGCAGCUCCCAAGUGUCCGAGGCACACAGUGCACGCUAUCAGAAGACUAAUGGCACAUUAAGAUCCAAAGCCCGACUAAGCCCCAAUAUGGUCAGUCCCCAUGCCUCCAUGAUCCACAGGGCUCAGAUAGUUUAGCAGGCUGCUGGAAAAUGACAUGUGAAACUACAGAACUGCCAAUGAAAGUUAGUCAUAACCCAGAAAACCAGUCUAUGGUUAUGGAAAAUCUUCACCUUCACAACACUGCUGCAUCUUCUGGAUUUGUGGUAUCUGUGUGAUGUUUGUCGAUCAGCAGUGGGCUUUGUAUUCCCCCAGAAUACUGGCAACAAACAAAGACAAGGUCAAAAUAUUUCCAGUGCAGCUUCUUCAACUUUGAUCGCACACAAUGUUCAUUGCAGAUCUUUUGUAAUAUAUCGUAUGUGUUGGUCUAAGCAGCUGUAACUGACAGUGAAUGCAACUGACAUACCCUCUGUGUGGAAUGUCAAAAACACUCAAGGACAUGUACAGUAGGAAAUCAGGAAAUGCAGGAGAAGGCCGUGGGAAAGUUGGUGCAUCAGAGAGGUAGAUUGCAACACCUCUGCACUGAGGGUGGGUUUUUGCUUCAGAGGUGUUCAGCACCUGUGCUUGUGUUACAUUCCUUCACACGUCAAAGUUUGAGAUCCAAUCCAGAGGAAUUUAAAGAGGAAUUUACAUACCAAAUUGUUGUAUCAGUGCCUGAAAUUGUCAUAUGGUGUGAUGUGAAAGUUACUGUUAUUGUAUAUAAAUGGGGUUUACUUUUCUUAACAAGUGCUUGUGACUCUUGCUGAUAUGAUUUCAAUAUUGAGAUUCAUAGGAUAGGACACCAUAGGUUGAACCACACCACACCACAAUUUGUUAAUGCAAGAACAAAGCAAGAACAUGAGUUAUAAAGUGUGGUACAUUGAGUCUUUAAACCUUAUAUAACACUUUGCUAUCAGAUCCAGGUCUGGUGGAGAAUCCUAUUUCUAAUAAAGUGUUAAAAAGGACAAAACAUACAUUAAACUUAGCUAUUUUUAAAUAGAAUUGAAUUUUUUUGCUCAAAUGAAUAAUUAUUGUGUGUGUCACAGAGUGACACCUGUCACACAAUAUGAUGUAACCAUAUGAGAUCUCAUGCGCUUUGCACAACAUUGGGCCUUGUGGUUACAAAACAAGGGUACUGAAGUGGGAGGGCCAAAAAAAGAAGAAGACAUGUUUUCUGUACCUCCUGAUGGAGCAAGGACCCCACCUCCCUAAGGGUUUCCAAACCAUUGCCAAUGUAAAUAUUAUAUAGUAUGGUAUCCAUUUCUGGGACAAGAUCUUUUUUAUCUGAGCAGACUCCAAGAGAGGACGAUGCCUCUCCAACAGGAAUUUGUGAACUGUCACAGAUUUUUUAGUACUGUGACAAAAUGUCUUGUUUAUCUUUUUUUUUUUUCGAUGAUAUGUGUUAUAUAUACAUAUAUGUGUAUGAAUAUUGUUGGGUUCUGUUACAGCACUGAUAUGGGAAUCAGUGUGCCAAAGUGAAAAAAAAAAUCACUUUUGCUUUUUUGGCAAAUAUGAAGUAUUAUUUUGAUAUAUUGUGUUACUUUCUCCAAGACAAAUGUCAAUGUUGCGUUAAAUGUAUGCUUGGACAGUUUGUCGCAAAAGAAAUGUACCAUGUUAUCCACUAACGCCCAGCAGGUCAGAGCAGCAGGUGAAUAGUAUUAUGUUCAAUGCAGGCUGUAUUUGCUGCCGAAAGUUCCGCCUGACAUGUACUGCUGGAAAGUGCAAGGACUUGAAUCAGCCUACAAACUGCAAAACUACUGAACUAUGCAAGAGUCUGAAUUCAACUGUUAUUUUGUAAAAUUAUCUUCCCGGCCAUGUGCUUGGAUUUUCCUUUGCUUUGUGUAUGGGUGUGAGCUUGGAUUCUUUGAUGGAUUACAAUAAAUGUGCAUGGUUUUUCUAAAAGUACACUAAAACCUG